AUGUAAGAUAAAAUGCUUGUUAGUAAUACAGGAAUUAAGCUAUUUACUGAUGGGAAUCAGACAGAGGGAGUGCCUUUUCGAUAAUAAGUCUAAGGGUAAUCUUCAGGAGGUGAAUCAUUAAUGAUGUACUAGAAGAUACUCACUCAAAAAUAAGAACGUAAAACUCACUAUGUAUAAUAAUUUUGCAACAAUCUUAAAUCGCAAUCGAAUAAAUUUGGAGUUAUUCCUGAAGAUAAUUUAUCGUUUAUUGGAGACAAAACCUCAUAUCGAAAUUCCAAUACAAUUAAUAUCAGACUUAUGCAUAAAAACUUUUCAUUACAAUUAGAAUUGAAGUUUUUUGAGAAGAUUAAACAGUUUUUUUCAAAAUAUUUGAACUUGCUAAUUUAAAGUCUUAAAAGAAUAGAGUUAUUUCAACCAGAAUCAUCUAUAAAGUUGAUAUGGGAUUCAGCAUCAUUGGUUUCAAGAUUAUAUUUUUUAUUUCUAAUACCCUUAGAUAUUGCAUGGAGUAAAUAUUCAUUUAUGUUUGAUAUGUAUAAUUUAACAUCCUUUAUAUUUUAAAUGGUUCUUUUAGGAGAUUUGAUAGUAGGUCUAAAUACUGCAUUCUAUAAAUAAGGACAAUUAGUGACAGAUAGAAAAUAGAUUGUUUAUCAUAACUUUUAAAAAUGUUUUGGUUUAGAAUGGACUUCAACAAUAUAAUUACUGGUCUAUUAGAUACUAACUCAGGAUCCAAUGAUAACCUAAUAUAUCAAAGACUACAAAAUAUAUCUUACACUUGUGACCUUCUUAGUUCAUUACAGUACUAUACAAGAAUGUUUGGAAUAUUAUGAAGAAGGACUUAACCUUAGUAAAAAAGCAUCAUCCAUUAUUGAACUUAUUAAACUGAUCGCAGUUUUAUUUUUUAUAAUACAUAUGUUUUCAUGCUUUUGGUUUUGGGUAAAACAAUUAUUGAUUCUAGGUCGGUGAUUAUAGUCAUAACAAUUAUGGAGUGAGUUGGUUAGAGAAUAUUGUUGAUUAAGAUUGGGAAAUCUAAUAUUUAUCAUCAGUAUAUUAUUCAACAGUUACAAUGUUUACAAUUGGAUACGGUGAUGUUUUACCAUAAAGUAAUUUAGAAAGAAUUGUUUGUUGUUUAUUCAUUAUUAUGGCAAGUUUACAAUUACCUUAUAGUAUCAAUACAGUUGGAGCUAUCAUUUCCAAAAUUAGUGAAUAUGGAGAAGAUAAGAAACGUAAAUUGAGAAUCAUCAAUUCAUAUAUGCAAAAGAAAAGAAUCCCAUUUCAAUUAUAAAGUGAAAUUCGUUAAUAUUUAAACUAUUAUUGGUAAUUAAAUAAAGAAAAAGAUGCAGAAGAGGCUGAAUAGAUGAUAAAUCAAUUAUCUGAGAAUUUAAAAGAAAGAUUAACCUAAGAAUCAAAUUCUGUUAUUUUGAAUUAAUGUGCUUUAUUUCGAUAUCGAUUUACACCAGCCUUUAAAAGAGAACUUAUCAAAUCAUUAAAGACUAAGAUAUUAGCACCUGAAACUAUUGUUGGUGAUAAAAAAGAAUUAGUUUAUAUAGAAUCUGGAAUUAUAGAUAUGUAUGGAGAUUAAUAAUGUAAUCUAAAAUUAUAAUCUUUCCAUGCUAAUCAAACUAUAGGUCUUAUUCCUUUUAUAACUGGCAAAUUAUAACCUGAAACUUAUAAGAGUCAAGGUUUUUGUUUGCUUAUGACAUUAUCACAUAGAAAAUUCAAAAAAGCAUUAAAAGAUUUCCCAAAUGAUUAUGAAAUCUAUUGUCAAAUGAAGGACUAUUUAUUAUUUAAUGGAAAUGAAACUACUAUAUUCCCAAGGAAAUGUUAUGCUUGUUAAAGUUCUAAACAUUAUUCACAUGAAUGUCCAGUGGUUCAUUAUGUACCUGACAGAGAAAAAAUAAUAAAAAAACAUACAAUUUCUACAUUCUAAUAAAGAAAACUAAUACCACGUUAAGAAUAGAAAAGAAAUAGAUAUCCUUCAAGGAAAGUGUCCUAAUAGUCUCUAAUUAGGGCCUCAUUUAUUGUGCAAUAGGAAAAUUAGAACAUUGUUAGAUUAUAUGAUAUACCAUACAUAAUUGAGGAAGAAGCUAAAGUUCAUAGUUUGGAUUCCUAUAACAGUAUCAAGAAAAAACCUAAGCAAAAUGAAGAGACAAGGAAAAAAUUAAUGGCUAAAUUUAAACACUUAGUGAAGAAGAUUACACUUAUUGAUAAAUAUUAUCCACAAUUUCUUAUGAUAGUGUUAAAGAAAUUUAGACAUAAUUAAAAUUAUUUUAGUUAAUAAUCACAAUUGAAAUAAUUAUAAUUAAGAUAUGAUCAUAUUAAAUAAUUAACAAAAGUGGAUCCUAAAUUACUUAAUGAUAUAGAUGAUGUUAUAAGAAUAAAUUCAGAAUAUGAUUUGUGUUAAAAUACAGAAUUCGAAAGUCCUAAAAAUUUCAUGCAUUAUAAUCCUAAAUUUAAUUUUAAUAAUAUUAAAUUGAAAAUAGACAAGGCUAAGAUGAGAAUCUUGAAUGAAUUCCAACGAUAUUGUUUACAUCCUGCUCUAAUUAUGCGAAAAUUCCAUUCAACUAAAACAUCUUAAGAUCUAAUAACUUAUAAAAGGAGGAAGAAUGUAUUUUUAUGA